CCUCUUCUUCACUUCUUCCUUCUCACCAUUUGCCCGGGCCAAGGAGAAGGAGAAGAAAAAAAAAAUCUGCUCCAAUCUCCGCUAGCUGCUCCCAUGGAGUCCGUCGCGAUCGCCACCACCUCGCGCUUCUCACCACCCGCCCCGCUCCCCCGCCGCCGCAACGCCUUCGCCCCGGUCGCCGCCGCCUCCAAGCGCCGGGAUGGAGAAGGGGAGGAGUUCGCGUCGAGCGGCUCCAGGUCGAAGCCGUCGGGAGCCGGGCGUGAGGCGCCCGCCGGGGGCCUCGCGCCAUACGGGCUCUCCCUCUCGCCCUUCUCCAAGGACGCGGCCAUGGGGCUGGUGAUGAGCGCCGCGACGGGGAGCGGCUGGACGACGGGUUCGGGGAUGGAGGGUCCACCCACGGCCGGUGCCGCGAAUCGGCCGGAGGUCUCGACGCUGCCGUGGUCACUCUUCACAAAGUCCCCGAGGCGGCGGAUGCGGGUGGCGUUCACCUGCAACGUCUGCGGGCAGCGCACCACGCGUGCCAUCAACCCGCACGCCUACACAGACGGCACCGUGUUCGUUCAGUGCUGCGGUUGCAAUGUAUUCCACAAGCUGGUGGACAACCUGAACCUGUUCCAUGAGAUGAAGUGCUACGUCGGCCCAGACUUCCGAUACGAGGGGGAUGCUCCGUUCAACUACCUCGACGGUGACGAGGACGGCGAAGGCAACAUCUUCCCAGUCCUCUAAGGAAGCAGCCUCUCUUGCUCCAGUACAUGAUAGUGUUCUAAUUUGCGAUCCCACAGUCAGCUGUAUGUUAAUAAACAGAUCGUAUGUUAAUGUUGAAAAGGGUGCCUUUUCAGGUUUCAUGUCCUGAACUUGCAAUACUAGUAUAAUACAGAUGUACAUACAUAGCGUACUUGUAUUGGAUAAUAACAUGAUAUGAAAUUUCACGCGAUUGUGCUUCUUGUGCCAA